GCCAGUCCCUAACUGGCAUGGGUGCUAUGCUGGAGGAGGUCAACAGAAUGCUGCUGCUGCUUUGCAGAGGAAUGUGGCCAAGGAGAAGUCUGGUGCUACAAACAGUUGAAGUAAAAAUUGAAGUUGUGCUACCUGAGAAAGAGAGGAACAAGGAAGAAAUCUCACCCAAUGGGAAAGCCAGCCCGCUUACUUACAAAGUAAAUGGAACUGUCUGUCAUUACCAUCUUGAAGAACAUCCCAUCUCUAUCAACCCCUAUCAGAAUCUAAAGGAUGUGGUAGAAGCCUCUGUGUGCCAUGUGAAGGACCUGGAGAAUGGGCAGAUGCGAGAAGUUGACCUGGGCUGUGGGAAGGCUCUGUUGAUAAAGGAGAAUGGAGAAUAUUAUGCAAUGGGACACAAAUGCCCUCACUAUGGAGCCCCACUUGUAAAAGGGGUUCUGUCUAAAGGAAGAGUGCGCUGUCCCUGGCACGGUGCUUGUUUCAACAUUGGCACUGGUGAUAUAGAAGACUUUCCUGGCUUGGACAGCUUACCCAAAUUCCAGGUGAAAAUUGAGAAAGAGAAAGUGUACAUCCGAGCAAGCAAACAGGCUCUUCAGACACAAAGAAGGACAAAGGUGAUGGCCAAGUGUAUCUCGCUUAGCAACUACAACAUCAGCAGUACUAAUAUCCUGAUCAUUGGAGCAGGUGCUGCUGGAUUAGUUUGUGCAGAAACCUUAAGACAAGAAGGGUUCUCAGACAGGAUUGUAAUGUGCACAAUGGACAGACACUUACCUUAUGACAGACCCAAGCUAAGUAAGUCAAUGGAUUCUCAUUCAGAUCAGAUCACCUUGCGCCCUAAGGAAUUCUUUCGUACAUUUGACAUUGAGGUCCUGACUGAAACACAGGUUGCAGCUGUGGAUAUCAAGAACAAGAUAGCUGUGUUCAAGGAUGGAUUUAAGAUGGAAUAUAACAAACUGCUGAUAGCGACUGGAAGCACACCCAAAACCCUUAGCUGUAAAGGCAAAGAAGUGGAGAAUGUUUUCAACAUCCGAACCCCUGAAGAUGCCAACCGGGUUGUAAAACUGGCUACCAGCAAGAAUGUCAUUGUAGUGGGAGCCUCUUUCCUUGGGAUGGAGGUAGCAGCCUAUCUCACAGGAAAGGCUCAUUCAGUAUCUGUGGUUGAACUGGAAGAGGUACCUUUCAUGAAGAUUUUUGGGGAGAAAGUUGGUCGAGCAAUCAUGAAGAUCUUUGAAAACAACAGGGUGAAGUUCUACAUGCAGACUGAGGUGUCUGAACUGCGGGAACAGGAGGGCAAGCUUAAGGAAGUUGUACUGAAGAGUGGAAAGGUUCUCCGUGCAGAUGUCUGUGUUGUUGGCAUAGGUGCAGUUCCAGCAACUGGAUUUCUGAAGCAGAGUGGUAUUAAUAUUGAUUCCAAAGGCUUCAUUGUAGUUAACAAGAUGAUGCAGACCAACAUCCAAAGUGUUUUUGCAGCUGGCGAUGCUGUAACAUUUCCCUUGUCAUUGCGUAAUAAUAAGAAGGUGAACAUCCCUCACUGGCAGAUGGCUCAUAUGCACGGUCGCAUAGCAGCUCUGAAUAUGUUGGCUCAUGGCACAGAGAUCAGCACAAUCCCUUAUCUGUGGACUGCCAUGUUUGGAAACAGCAUACGGUAUGCAGGCCAUGGGGAAGGAUAUGAUGAUGUCAUCAUUCAAGGAGACUUAGAUGACCUAAAGUUUGCAGCAUUUUUUACUAGGAACGAUGAGGUGGUUGCAGUGGCCAGUAUGAACUAUGACCCAAUCGUCUCUAAAGUGGCUGAGGUCAUGGCCUCUGGAAAAACAAUCAGAAAGCGUGAUGUGGAGUAA